AUGCCUCCGUCUAUCUCCUUGAUUGCUCAAACAUCUUCGAUUCUUGAAAUUCCUUUGAUUACUCAAAUUCCUUCUUUGGUUCGAUUCCCUUUGACUAGUAAUCACUCGUUGACUGAUCAUGUUUCUUUAAUUGGUCAAAUUCCUCUAUCUAGUGGUGAGAAAGUGUGUGAAUCUGAUGUCUCCAAAAUGAGGAAUUCUCUUGUUGUUGAGACGAAUGUGUCGAAUUCUACAAAAUCUCUACUUGUUAUGAUGAAUUCUCUAAAGCCUGUGAAGAGAGUUGUUUAUAACAACAGUGAACUUGGCAUGUACUGGACAUCUGAAGAGACUCAGGAGUUGUCUUCCAAGUUCCAGCAGACUCUGAUUGGGAAGUGCGCAUAUGGUAAGCCAUCUCUUAGAGGGAAAUUGGAUUAUAAGAAGGUUGAUUCUAGGAAGGAAAUUAUGGCUGAGGUUCACAGAAAUAAGGGGAAGAAAUUCUUUAAACAGAAAGAUGUGAUGCAAGAGGUGGACGUUGGGAAUAGAUUUAAUAUUUUGGAAGAGCAUCAGGGGAUUGAUGAAUGUUUACAUAUGAAGUUGGGUGAGUGUUCCAUGGGGAAUAUGGAACCAUUACUACAUAAGGAAGAUGUGAGUAACAAGGUGUCUAAAAAUGUAGAAAUUAUUUCUAAUGAAUUGGUUGGAAAUGAUGAUAUGGUGGUGGAUUUAAAUGAUGAUCCAGGUGUUAAUGUGGAGGUUAUGCAUGAUGGUAGGAUUGAGAUGAAUCAGGAAGAGAGGCAUGAGAAUGAUGUGCAUGAUAAUUCUAAUGCUGGUUUGCAAUCUCAGCAGGAUUUAGAUGGCUUAGAGAGGGAGGUUCAGGUUGGGAUUUUUGAUACUUCACUUAAUGAAGCUGGGGGGAUUUCUGGGAAUUUGUGUAAUGAGAAUAGACAAUUCUAA